AUGGUAGGAGUUAAAAAAAAGAGCUUGGCACUGAACAAGAGUAUUGAGCUUGCUGGAUCACAUGAAGACCCUUGCAUCAAAGCUAUCACAGACUUCAUUUAUGGGAUCGUGUAUCAGCUCACUGCAUUUGAAGAAAAUCAUAGUAUAUGUAUCUACGUGGGUUCAUGGUUCGUGGGUGUCAUCAUUAUGCUCAUUGUGAAGGUUUUGGGUGAGGCGAGUCCAGGCGGGACGAACUCCCAUUGCGCAUUCAGGACCAUGAAACUUGUGGUAUUCCUGACACCCGUGAUAAUUGUCAUUGGUAUCACGGCUGUUCAUCUUGCAACGUUCGGUGACCUCUUCCUCUCAACCGGAUGGGGACUAUUACUUAUCUCACAAGCCUGCAAGCCUCUAACUCAAAGGCUAGGGCUUUGGCCUUUAGUAAUGAAAUUAGCGUGGGGAUAUGACUUUAUGAUGGGAUUCAUCUUGUUUGCUGUUAUCUCAAUGAUGUCCAUGUUCUUUGGUCCAGAGAUUCAAACAAGGCUCCUGUUUAAUCAAGCUUUCAGCAGAGGACUUAUGGUCUCCCACAUACUAACUGGUAGGAGUUCUGCCAACAACCAGGACUAA